AUGGCUGAAGAAGAACACGUUUUCGAAACCGCUGAUGCCGGUUCAUCAUUAACCUACCCAAUGCAAUGUUCUGCUUUAAGAAAAAAUGGUUUCGUUGUUAUUAAAAACAGACCAUGUAAAAUUGUUGAUAUGUCAACUUCUAAAACUGGUAAGCAUGGUCAUGCUAAAGUUCAUUUAGUCGCCAUUGAUAUCUUCACUUCAAAAAAAUUAGAAGAUUUAUCUCCAUCAACUCAUAAUAUGGAAGUUCCAAACGUUAGAAGAUCAGAAUAUCAAUUAAUAGAUAUUGAUGAUGGUUUCUUAAGUUUAAUGACUCCAGAUGGUGACACCAAAGAUGAUGUCCGUGUUCCAGAAUCUGAAAUUGGUGAACAAAUCCAAUCUCAAUUCGAUGAAGGUAAAGAUUUAUUAGUUACCAUCAUCUCUGCUAUGGGUGAAGAAGCUCCAAUUGCUGUUAAAGAAGCUCCAAAAGGUUUAUAA